AGGAACAAAGGACAACGAAGCCAAAGAAGCAAGCCGACAUUUGUCGUUCUUUUGCUCUGAUUAAGAAUUCAAUGUCAUGAAUCGAUGACAGAUGUGUAUGGUGUGUGAUGCCUCGUUCUAAAACUACAGUCAGUAUCUGGUGCUAGGUUUUAAUUAUGGAUUCCACAACUGAAUUUCCCCAUGUUGCUUUGUCACCGGGUGAGAGGAGUCCGGAGAUGGAGAGUAGCAGCCAAGAUCAACCAUCACCUGAUGACAAAAGUAACACUUCGGAAGCUGGCAGUGCGCCUGUAAGCACAACUGCAAAAGAACCUCUUGGAGAAGGAUCUUUAGAGCUAGGGUCAACACAACCUGAAACAGGGUUACCAGAAAAAUUGGUUGAGCCUCUCGAAGGAUCGCUGCAACAAACUAUGACAAGAAAGACUGAUGUAUCUUCUGUAGAGAAUUCUGGAGGUCAAGAAGGAGUGCCCCUUCCGAUAGAGAAAAUUUUGGAAAAGUCAGGAAAUGAGAGUGAAGUGCAGAGUGCUCCAGAAACCCAGGAAGUACCUGACCAAGCUCAAAAGGAAGUAGUAGAGGAUGGUCCAGGAGCUGAUUCAGCAACACAAAGUGCAGCAUUUUCAACUGAAAAUGAAAACCAAACAGACACUUCCAUCCAAGAACAUUCAGAAGAGGUGUCUGUUGACGAAAAGAGUGUGGAGACUCCUGGUGAAGUUGUGAGGCAAGGUAUCGAUGAAGGAAACCAAGAUCUUGAAGAAGGAGGUAUGGAAUGUACAGAUGGUGACACAAAUCUAGGUGAAGGUAUUCAGAUUGGAAACGAUGGUUCUUCUGAGAAGAAUAAAUCUCGUGAAGAUGCAGGUCAAGACUCUGAAAAUGCUGCUCUCUCAGAGGUGGCUGUAGGACAAACAAGUGAGCCUGAUAAGGUUGAGACCAGUGAAGGAAGCUGUCAAGUAUGUGGUGAUUCCACUCCCAAUGAAGGAAAUUUGGAAAGUCAUCAGGCAGAGCCUAGCGAUAAGGAAAGCAGCAGAUCAUCAGUCCCAUGUGAGAGCAGCACAGAAAAUGUAGUAGCCAACUUAAUCAGUGAAUCUCUUGUCUCAGAAUUCAGUCAAGAAGGAACAAAAGAAGUAGGCUCUUCUCAGGAAGAUCAAGAUCCCAAUGAUAAAUCAGCUUUGACUGUUAGUGAUGCUGGGGUUGUAGGUGAUAAAGAAAUAGCUAAUGCAGACAGUGCAGAAAAGGAGUCCCAGAGCGCUGAAAAUGAUCAGGAACCAGAGCUCAUGGACACCCAGAUCAUAGAAACAGAAGAUGGGAACACUCGGGACUCCAUGGCUGAACUCGGCACCAAGGACAGUCUUGAUGACUGUAACAUUGACAAGGUUCCCAAGAUUUAUGAUGAGUGCAGCAUGGAGAGUUUUGUUUCAGCCAAGAGUGGAGAGUUUGACUACAGGGAUAGCCUUCAAGGAAGUCCAUUGCCUGUGAAGAGGGUCCGAGAGCUGAUAGAUGAAAGCCCAAGGGCCAGUCCCAAGAGGUCCAGGACUAGUACUCCUACUAUCCAGAGUGAUGAUGAUUUGGGCCAUUUUCCUGCAGAGAAUGUCUUUGAGUACCAGUGGCCACAGGACAAUCCCGGCGAAUGGUACUUUGUCCAGGAACAGAUCAGUGAGUUCCUGGGAGUCAAAUCCUUUAAGCGCAAGUACCCAAAUCUUGAGAGGCGGGUGAUGGACAUCAAGGAGAAGGAAUUUCUUCGAGAGAGGGGUGUGGUCACAGAGGAACAGGUUACGCUUGGUCUGACUGCCCUACGAGGAGAUGAGGUAUAUGACCUGAUGAUGAAGGAUUAUCCUAACAGAUACACUGAGUACGCCCGAUUGGUCCAGGAAAAACAGAGGCAGAAUAUCAGUAAUCAGCAUAAAGGAUACGAAGCGCCAACAAUGGAUGCAAGUAAGAUCAAAGAAUACAUCAAGAAGGCUGCUAAACAAGCCGCAGAGUUCAACGCACUCUUGAUGAGAGAGAAGAGAGAGGAGAGACAGUACUACUUUGACCUACAAACAAUGCAACUCCAUAUGCCUCAAGCCAAGAUGAAGAAGUUGAGUAAAGAGGAUACAAAGAUUGGUGCCUAUCCUGUAGCGGUCAUCCCUGGCCAGUACCAGGACUACUGUAGAUAUUACUCAGCUGAUGAACUGAAUUAUUUGCCAUUGAACACUGCCAUCUAUGGUCCGAUGGCGAUCAGGAGAAAGACGGACUAUGCUCCUGAAGUGGAGGAGGAAGAAGAGGGGGAUGAUGAUCUUGAUAUUAUGGCUGAAUUAACCAAGAAUGAGGAUAAAGACAAGGAUAAGGAAAAGAGCAAAUCUGUCACCAGUCAACCACUGAAUGAGCAUCAACAGCGGCAGCAACAAGAGCAACGUCUGCAACAGUUACUGAAUCAACCACUCCAACCAGAACAGCAGCAGCAGCAGGAGAAACCAAAACCACAACGGCAAGCACCACGCCAGAAGCAACAGAAGCCACCUCCACCUCAGAAGCAAGAAGAGCAGCAGCCGCCUCCUGUGAGUUCUACGCCAGCAGCAUCCAAGUCACCAUCAGGACCUACCAUCUUGAGACCGAGGGCAGGACCGAUCAUAGUCCAGCCAGGGCCAGAGUCCGGUGGCAGUGGGGACAGUGACAUGGUGAGACUACCUGGACCUGAGGCUCUGCAGCAGAGUAUGGAAGCAGUGGUACCAACUGCUCCAAGACCUUAUCAGCCCAAGAUCAAACCUACUGCUAUCUGCGGCUUAUGUUUGAAAGACAGACGAAGUAACACCAAGGGAGUUCCAGAGAAUCUGGUUCACUGCUCACAGUGUGAUAAUAGUGGUCACCCGUCAUGUUUGGAUAUGAAUGAUGAGUUGGUAGCAACCAUUAAGACCUACCCUUGGCAGUGUAUGGAAUGCAAGACCUGCUCGCAGUGUGGUGAUCCAACACAUGAGGAUAAGAUGAUGUUUUGUGAUAAGUGUGAUAGAGGAUACCAUACCUUCUGUGUUGGACUCACAGAUAUACCAACAGGAAAUUGGCUUUGUCCAACCUGUUCUGCUGGGGGUCUCCCUCCCCCUGUACCGCCUCCACCACCAUCAAACUUCACAAGGGGGCUUACCCCAUUACAACUACAAGGAGGUGUCCCACCACUCCCAUCGCUGCUACAGGAAACACCUCAGCUCCAACCAUCUCUACCACUACCACAGCAAGGGGUACCACCUCAGCAACAAGGUAUACCACCACCACAAGGUGUACUGCCAAUGCCACCCCAGCAACAAGGCAUUCCACCGCAACCUCAGGGGUUGCUGGCGCACCCAAAUCACGCACCACUUCCACAACAGGGGAUGCCCCAACAACAAGGCCUACCACCCCAGCAGGGCUUGCCUCCACAGCAGCAACAGGGUGGUCGAUCCUAGCAACAGGAUACCGCAACCUGCGAGCAAUGUCCACUACCCUCUUGCUAAUCUAGAACUCAAGUAACAUACUAUGCGAAGCACAAAAUCCCCCAAGAACUGAAUGUAUGUUAUGUGUUGUAACAUUUUUGUAAAAUAUUGUGUAGAUGUGUAUAUACUGUAAUCAGAACAAUAGUUCUUUAGGAACCAAGUUGUUAGUUGCUACUUCUGAGAGGGAUUCAUGUGUCAGAUUUAUUUUUAUGAUUAAAGGAGAAUGACACCCUUGGAACAUAUGAAAUGAUAAAAAUCAAAGAAAGUUUGAUGGCGAUUGGAGAAACAAUAAGUUAUGAGCAUUUGAAUGUCAAAAUCACUAAUACUAUAGAGAUCCGCCCACUGGCAAUGCGAACAAGAUUUGCGAUGCCACAGAAGUACAACCUUCCCAUGUGUACUGUACAUUGAAAAUAUAUCUCAAAAUAUCUAUUUUUUGCUUAUUCUUCUGAUAGUUCAAAUAUUUUGUCAAUUUUUUUUAUGGAACCCCUAUAACAUGUCUUCCUAUGAAAACAAAGCACCUGAUCUAUGGAUAGACUUGAUAAAAUAAGUAAAUAUGUAGAAAAGUUAUUUGGGAAUUGUACAACUGCAAUCUCACACAUGUUGCCAAUGGGAGGAUGAUGUCCAUAUCACAAAUGAUCACUUGAAUGCUCAUAGCUUUUUUAUUAUCUGUUUUCACACAAGUGAAAUUGUUCCCAGGGUUUUAUUCUCCUUUAAUGGAAUUUGUUCACAUUGCUUUGACUUCAAACUAUUAUUUCAUCAAUUGAUAUACUGUUAUGGCAUUUUUCACAAUAUGCAACUCCUCAUUUGUGGAUGAUGAUCAUUGUCUAAUUGUGUUUCACAUAGUUUCACACCCAUGCAAUGGUGAAAAGCUACACGCAAAUGAUGUCCAAGACAAUGAUUUCUUUUUAGUUUGUUUAAAUCCUUUGUGAUUUAUCUUGUUCUUUGUAUUCUCUAUACUUGCUUCAAUUGAUAUUGGAAAGGAUGUACCUUUCCUUGGUUGAGUAGUUCCUUUGAUGAAAGGUACUUAACAAGUAAACAGAAUCAGAAAA